AUGGAGUUCAUCUCUUUGUUUUACCUUCUAGCAACCUUAACAUCCUCACUCUUCAUCGUAAAAUUUAUCCGAUAUGGUUCAAUAUUCAAGAGCCACAUACUGGGCUGCCCGUGCGUGAUGGUCUCAAGCCCGGAGGCUGCAAAGAUGGUCCUCGUCUCAAAAGCCCAUCUCUUCAAGCCCACAUUCCCGGCUAGCAAAGAGAGAAUGCUCGGCAAACAAGCGAUAUUUUUCCAUCAAGGGGAUUAUCACGCCAAGCUCCGAAAGCUCGUUUUGCGCGCUUUCAUGCCCGAGUCCAUCAAAGCCAUGAUCCCGAACAUCGAGUCCAUUGCCCUUUGCUCCUUGGAGUCUUGGGAGGAUAGACUAAUCACCACUUAUCAAGAAAUGAAGACAAUUCUUUACCGGGAGAAUCUCAAGAAGUGCUAUCACGAGGUCGAAAAAGGUUACAACUCGAUGGCGGUUAACUUGCCGGGCACGCUUUUCCACAAGGCAAUGAAGGCUCGUAAAGAGUUGGCGAAAAUGCUCGCCAAUAUUAUAACCGUAAGGAGAGAAAUGAAGCAGAGCUAUAACGAUUUGCUCGGGUCCUUCAUGGAGGAUAACGAGGGUUUGUCGGACGAGCAAAUUGCCGAUAAUAUUAUCGGUGUUAUUUUCGCGGCACGCGAUACUACAGCUAGUGUUCUCACUUGGAUUUUGAAGUUCUUGGCCGAAAAUCCAAGCAUCUUGGAAGCCGUCACGGCUUUGAUAAGAUCAAAGGAGGAGUGUGGGGAGAGCAAGGGCUUGACCUGGGCAGACACAAAGAGAAUGCCUAAAACAGUUAGGGUUAUUCAAGAAACUCUAAGAGUUGCCUCAAUUUUGUCCUUUACUUUCAGAGAGGCUGUUGAAGAUGUUGAGUUUGAUGGAUAUCUUAUUCCAAAAGGAUGGAAAGUGUUGCCACUCUUUAGGAACAUUCACCAUAACCCAAAUCAUUUCUUGGAGCCUGCAAAAUUUGAUCCUUCAAGAUUUGAGGUGGCACCUAAGCCCAAUACCUUCAUGCCAUUUGGCAACGGGUCCCACGCGUGCCCUGGGAAUGAGCUUGCCAAGCUGGAGAUCCUGGUUCUUUUGCAUCAUCUGACCACAAAGUGGACUGUAGUGGGCCCACAAGAUGGCAUUCAGUAUGGGCCUUUUGCCCUUCCACAAAAUGGCCUGCCCAUUGAGCUAACUCUCAAAGUAUAG